GUAGUUGUACGAAGAUGGUGCCUGACAGGCACUACUGCGCCAGCGCCAUGCUGCUGUCUGUGCUGAUGCUGUGUCUGCUGCAGAUAUUCGCCCGCAGCCUCCACGCAGAUGACGUUUCCAUCGUGCAGUGCAUACCAACAAACUGCAGUCAACCUUGUCCCUCUCUCCCACCUGUAUGCCGCUCCAAGUUAAUCAGGAAUUGUGGAUGCUGUGACGUUUGUUGGAUCUUCCUUGAUGAAGGCGACAUAUGUGACACCUCUGUUCCUGAGAAUGUUGUUUGUGGCCCAAACUUGUGGUGCAACUAUGAGGGCCGCUGUGAGGUGAUACCUCUCGAGGAGAAUGUAACUGAAAAAUGACAUGAAAACCAUCCUGGAAAUUCAUGUUAACAACUGAGAUUUCCAGGCUGCAGUUAUAGCUAUGAAAUUGAGAGUUUUAUUAUUAUUAAUAAAAAAUAUUUGCUGAAAUAUACAGACUUCCGAAGGCACACAUUUGAAAUUUCCUGUGUGAUACAAUAUACAAAAUAAAUGUACUUAUGUGUCAGAAAUAUCUUCUGUUAGAAAAGAAGCUAUCGUUUUAUUAAAAAAAUAUAAAGAAGUUUGUGUUAUCUAUUUCAUAGUAAUAAUGUGCUAAUAAUGGUUGCAUUUUCAUUUGAAUUGAUGAGCAAGUUUCCCUAUUGACUGCCUCACUUAUUCAAUAUCUGCUUCUUAUUUUUACACUGAUGUUUAAAGUAAGAAAACACACUUUUUGCAUGGACAGUCUGCAUUUUAUGAUUUUCAUGCUACAAUUGACAGACCCCAUUAUGAUGUUCCUGAAUUAAAUCCACAAGGAAGUUCAGUUACUGAUGCUUGAGUUGUGUUAUUGUGGCAUUAACAAGAUUUGACAGGCUUGUGUAACUGUGUGUAAAUUUAAAUUUAAUUUCUAAAUCUGUUAGCCAUUAAGUUUUUUUGUCAUGAAUCAUUCACACUGAAACUGUUAAAAUAAAAUAAAUUUGCACUCUUUUUUGCUGUGAUGUCAUUCCCACUUCCUAGAUAUUUCUUAACAAAGGAGACCAUUCAUUUUACCAUGCUUUAAGUUAAUUUUUUUCAAUUUCUGUGGAUUGAGAAUAAAUUUAGUUAUAAAUUGCACCUGGAUAUGUUAAA